GAAAAGGCCCCCCCAGCCCUGCGGCCCAGGAGGCGGUCACGCCCUCGGGGCGCCUCUCGCGGUGGGCUGGGGGAUGGUUGUUCCGGUGCUGGGGAAGACGGAGGGCCCCCGGAGUGGGAGGCCCGUGGGGAAGGGCAGGCUCACAACCGUGGGUGUGGCGGAGCUCCGGGAGUCCCGGCGGUGGGUCUGCCACCUGCGCCUCCUGAACUUGACGCGGAACCGGGACGCCCGCUCUCCGUUUCGCUGCCCUUCCCACCAAACCCAACGGCAAACCAAGCACAGACCCCAACGUAGGUCUUGAGGGAGCGUUGAUAUUACAGACAUCCUGCCCAAAUGAUUUCUUCAAAGCCCAGACUUGUCGUACCUUAUGGCCUCAAGACUCUGCUCGAGGGACUUAGCAGAGCUGUUCUCAAAACCAACCCACCAAACAUCACCCAGUUUGCAGCAGUUUAUUUUAAAGAACUCAUUGUGUUUAGAGAAGGGAAUACUUCUCUGGAUAUAAAAGAUCUCGUUAAACAAUUUCAUCUGAUUGAAGUAGAGAGAUGGUCAGAAGGAACGACACGAGAGAAGAAACCAGAAUGUGUAAAAGAACCGGUAGGAACAUCCAUAGUUUCCCAUGAACCUACACGGAUGGAAAAAUCUACAGACACAGAGGAGGACAAUAUAGCUGGACCACUGUUCAUCAGCAAAACCACUCAGUUCCCAUCAGUUCAUGCUGAGCUGCUCCCAGAGCCCGAGGAGACGUCCGAAGCCGCUCGAGGCUCCAGUUCAAAGCCAACUACCUCUAAGGCUAUGAGCCCACCGUCGUCACCGUCUCCAGCAGCUGGCUCCCCGGAGUUUGCUUAUGUCCCAGCCGACCCAGCUCAGUUUGCUGCUCAGACGUUAGAAGGUCUUACUGAGCCAGAAAUCGAACCAGAGUGGGAAGCAGCACCCGAACAAGGUUUGAUGGAGCCAGCCAUAGCAGCAAGCGAAGCAGGACAACCACCACCAUAUUCUAACAUGUGGACCCUUUAUUGUCUAACUGAUAUGAAUCAACAAAGUCGCCCAUCACCGCCACCUGCACCUGUGCCUUUCCCCCAAGCAACCCUCUAUUUAUCUAAUCCUAAGGAUCCACAGUUUCUGCAGCAGCCACCGAAAGUUACUUCUCCAACUUACGUGAUGCUGGACGACAGCAAGAAGACCAGUGCCCCACCUUUUAUUUUAGUAGGCUCGAAUGUUCAGGAAGCUCAGGAUUGGAAACCUCUUCCUGGACAUGCUGUUGUUUCUCAGUCAGAUGCCUUGAAGAGAUACACUGCAGUCCAAGUACCCAUCGCUGUUCCUGCAGAUCAGAAAUUCCAGAAACAUACCCCAAACCCCCAGAAUGGUAGUCCUCCGCCAAGUGGACAAGAUGUCCCCAGGCCACAAAGCCCAGUUUUUCUCUCUGUCGCAUUCCCAGUAGAAGAUGUAGCCAAAAAAGGUUCAGGAUCUGGUGACAAACGUACCCCCUGUGGAAGUUAUGGUAUUGCUGGAGAGAUAACGGUGACCACCGCCCAUGUCCGCAGAGCAGAAACUGGGAACUGGUAGAUGCCAGUAGUGACGCCAUUUGAGUCAACGUUCAAGGUGGAGUCUGCCACCCCGUGUAAUUUGUCAAUAAACUUCAUGCAAGCAUAAA